AUGCAGUUGACAAAUCCAGGAACCGUACCGGUUUAUACCGUCUCUGGUGCUUCAACAGCAAGACCUUUGCCUGAUUGGUUGGCAAGACGCAGAAAGCGAUCGCUCAAAAACGACCCGGAGUACCAGAAUCGAGUCGAGUUGCUGCAGGAUUUCGAGUUUGAAGAGGCAAGCACCUGUAUUCGGGUCAGUGAAGAUGGCGAUUGGGCCGUCAGUGCAGGAACCUACAAGCCCCAGAUUCACGUUCACAACCUCCCGCAACUGUCUCUUUCUUUUGCGCGCCAUACCAAUUCUCUUACUGAGAAGUUGACGAUCCUCUCGUCCGACUACUCGAAAACUCUGCUUCUCCAAGAUGAUCGAAGACUCGAAUUCCACACCCCUAUGGGUUGUCACUAUACGAUUCGGAUACCUCGGUAUGGAAGAGAUUUAUUGUAUGACAGGCAAUCUACAGAGGCACUUGUGCCGGCUGUGGGCGUGGACCAGGACGGCUUGGGCGAAGUGUUUCGAUUAAACCUCGAAAUCGGAAGAUUUAUGAAGUCAUUUCAAGUCGAUGUUGGAGGAGACGAGGAAGGCGCUGGCUUACAGGGAGGCAUUGAAGCCGGAAGUGUGAACGCCGCCGCUUUGGCUGAAAAUUCACAUGGCCUUGCCGCCUUUGGAACGUCUCUCGGUACAGUUGAGUUCUGGGACCCCAGGUCGAAGUCAAGGGUUGCGCGCCUUGCUUGCCAAGAGGGAGCUAUCACCGCACUGGACUAUAGUGCUUCGGGGCUGUCUAUUGCCACAGGUUCUGCCAACGGCAUGGUUCAACUUUUUGAUCUACGUCGCCCGGUUCCCCUGCUAAGCAAAGACCAGGGAUACGGCUUCCCGAUCAAGAAAUUGAUUCACAUGACCACUGCUUCGCAGGAGAAGAAAAUACUCUCUGCUGACAAGAGAAUUAUCAAAAUCUGGGACGAGACCGACGGCACACCCUGGACUUCGGUUGAACCCAUUGUGGACCUGAAUGACAUUGCUUGGUGUAAGGACACUGGUAUGCUUCUGACUGCCAACGAAGGAAAGCAGCAACACUCCUUCUUUAUACCCAGUUUGGGUCCGGCUCCCAGAUGGUGCUCCUUCCUGGAUAACAUGGUCGAGGAAAUGGCCGAGGAGGUCCGUACGGAGACUUACGACAACUACAAGUUCUUGACCCUACCAGAGCUCAAGCAAUUGAGCAUGGAACAUCUUAUCGGCAAGACCAACCUCCUCAGGCCUUACAUGCAUGGUUACUUUGUGGCCUCGAAGCUCUACGAACAGGCUCGUCUUAUCGCAAACCCGUACGUAUGGGAAGAAGAGCGGACGAAGCGUAUCAAGGAGAAGGUCGAAAAGGAGCGCGCCAGCAGGAUCAGAGGCAACAAGAAGGUCAAGGUCAACCAAAAACUGGCCGACAAACUCCUCAAAAAGCAAGAGAACAGAGAGGUUGUGGACACCAAGGCCGGCUUGCUCGGCGACGACCGUUUCACCAAGCUCUUCGAAGACGAUGCCUUCGCCGUCGACGAGACCAGUUACGAAUUCCGUGCUCUCAAUCCCAGCACGACUGUUGCCGCUCCAGAUUCUCACGAGGUCGGUGUCAGCUCCGCUGCUAAGCCUGUGGAGGCGCCUAAGCGAGGCCUCGGUAAGAAGGCUCAGGCUCAGGCUCAGGCCGAAGCGGAUAUGACCAUGAAGGUUUCUUCCUCUACUCAAAGGCGUGGUGGAAAGGAGAGAGAUACCGCGCUGGGCUCCAGAAUACAGAAGUCGGGCCGCAUCAACAAGACAAACCGCGGAGACUCUUACGGCGAGAAACAAGUCACGUUCGUCCCAGAGGCGAAGAAGAAGAGCCGAGGCCCGCCGCAGCGACAAGAGGAGAGCACACCACAGGGCAAGCGAUCCGGUUCGAGAAGAAGCGCAAGUACGAACACAUUCAGAAGGCUUUAA